GUAAACGCCUCAGCGACUGUUUAAUAUCUGAGAAGAUUGUCUUGGAUUUGAUUGAAUGUGGUCAAUGGUGUUUGAGCCACGAUUGUCAGUCAUUCAACUAUGGAGAGAAGGAGGAGUCACGAGGAUUGUAUACUUGUCAGUUGAACUACUGCACUAAAAAAGAUCGCCUCGCAUUGGUGGAUAGGAAAUUUGAAUAUUAUGAAAUGGUAAGAGGGUCUGCUGCACACGAGAGAAACUUGUUGAGCCGGCUAGCCGUUUCGCGUGACGCUUAGCUUAGCUAUGCAUUUUCACCGCACAAGUUGGGAAAACUACCUGUUUUCGAGUUAAAUUAUAGGCAAAACUUCCGCCAUCUUGAAACGUCAUUGUUGCCAUAGCAAUGGUGUAGCCGUGCAUAACUUUUGUUAAGAUCACUUGAAGAAACUAUGGGUUCUCAUUGGCUAGUUAAUUCAAGCAGCUCAACACUAAGCUCGCAACAUCCGCAGACGUUGAGAUUUUUUUCUCGCGAGGUAAAAAAUAUCAAACACGAUAGAUAUUUUUCUCAAGACCUACAGAGGUUAAAUCCUCACGAAAACUGUCCGCACAGGGGAAAACAUUUAUACUGAGCUAGACGCCAUGCGAGGCGGUUACCUCAGCAAGUUUCUCUCGCGUGUGAGGCAAACUUUGGGCAAAUUUUUUUAAAAGUAUUGGCUAGACAACCUUUGCCGUUCAUUAAGUGCUCUUUUAAUCAGGUAAUCCGUAUUUUUACUUAUACACAUUCAGAUUUGAAUAGGAAUAAUGCAAAACUCAAUAAGUUACCGACUUACCGAUAUAGUAAAAUAUGGAAGUUCAUUAUAGGCAAAGUAAUUUUGAGAGAACCCCAAGACGUUUUUUCUUAGAGUGGUAACACUGUUUUGUACUGGUUGUUAAAAAAUUAAUAAUAAUCCUUUUAGGUGCCUCAAUUGUCAGAAUGUGAAAGUGUCUCAGGUAGGACUAUACCAUACUAUACCAUACCAUACUAUACCUUAUACCAUAUACGCGGUUCAGUGUAGGUAGUAUUCUACAAUAUCGAGAUUUUGGGACCCAGGUUUGAUUCCUGCCUGGGACCUGUAGUAUUCCUGGGACCUGUAGUAUUCCAUGUAUAUAAAUUUCCACUCGACAAUUUCCAUCUUUAAGACCCUUCAACAGGGGCGGAAAGGGGCGGACAUAUCGAUUUUGACUGGGAGGGUGUAAUCACGAAAUGAGACCGACCCACCACUGAAAUGUGAAUCCAGACCGACUCUUGCUGAGUUGGUGUGUUGCAAUAAAAUUGAGUACAAAGCAUGGAAAAUGAUGGCAUUUAUUAGGAAUUUUGCAAGAACACGUACAGUUUACUGUGAAACGCCGCGCUAAGUCAGGUUUGACCACGAAUUAACGAUUUCGUCAAGAUCGAUCGAUCGUGUCUGUUAGAUCGCGCUCACACGCAAGAGUCAAGAGUUCACCAGUUCACCAAGGCGUUCCUGGUUCAUUACUGAACGCAUAACAGUAUUCAGUGAUUUCAGCUUUGAAAAGCUGCGCUCGGCUGAUGCGGAACUGUCAGGCGCGUAACUAUAGGAUUUUUGAUUGACCGAGACACUUCUGGGGGGUCUGGGGGCAUGGUCCCCCAGAAAAAUUUUCUAAGGCUUAGAAACGCUAUUUUCUGCAUUCUGGGAGCAGUUCAAACGAAAAAUCAAUUUCAUAAACAGUGACACAAUGACUAUAAUUUUAUACUGCAGUUUGCCCCCAAUCCUGAGGCUAAGAAUUACAAAUAUUUUUGGUCGAACAUCAUUGAUCAGGUGCAUAAUAUAAAAGUGUUUGUGCUCAAUUGUUGUAAUAUUUGGGCGCUGGCCCGCACUUUUGUUAUUGGGGUACUUGUGCACCCACACAGCCUCCCAUUUCUUACGUCACUGUAGGGCAAGAAUAAUGCUUCUUUACAUAGAGAGAACUACAGUCUGUCAUUAAACUUGAGUAUACUUGACUCAUAUACCUAGUUAUGGGCCUGACUGUAAGCAACAAUUGGAAACAUCGCCUAGUCAGUGGAAACAAUUUUUCGCUCCGUGAUUUCAGAUAAACCAGUGCGUCGUUCACUGAUCGAAUUUCUUGAUUGCAGUAGGCAAAUAAAACUCUUUGGUAAUAAAAUGCAUAUGCAUAUCUUGUUACAUAUCUUGUUUAUAGGGACCGGAGAAAUAUUGUAACUAAUGUUAGCUACUUUGAUCGAGAUUCAUCGCAUUUUGGAGUCUGAUUUUGGGGGUUUGAAAUUUUCGCUAAUAUAGAAUAUCACCCGUGAAUGACCUUGCAGAACCUAAAUUCCAAAUAAAAGUGCCAACACGUAAUCGUGACAUAUAGAUAUCUCCAUGUUUGGAAAGUAAAUGGAAACUUCAUCCCUUUGCGCGUGUUUUGAUUAAUAAUUCGUUCAUAAACUCGCGAAAUAAGUACGUAAUAUUUCUUAAUAUUAUUUCUGAGCUGUUUGAGCAAAUUUCCAACUCAAUACUCAAUAGCUUGAGUCUAUCUCGAGUUCCGAAAAUAUUUAAUUUGCUUCGCAAAGCACUGCAUGUAAACAAACGCAUAAUUUUGAGACCGACUGCACGUAGUUAGAGACCGACUGGAUCAUUUCUCUGGGGGGAACACCACGCCCUGCCCUUCAAGUAUUCUACAAUAAGCUGCCGUGGUUUGUGUCUGAACUACCUGAAGAAGAUAUCUCAAACGUGCAUGGUGGUCCAGUGUAGGCAGUAUUCUACAAUAACCUGCCGUGGUUUGUGUCUGAACUACCUGAAAAAGAUAUCUCAAACGUGCAUGGUGGUCCAGUGUAGGUAGUAUUCUACAAUAAGCUGCCGUGGUUUGUGUCUGAACUAUCUGAAGAAGAUAUCUCAAACGCGGUGGUCCAGUGCAUGAGGCAGUGUUCUACAAUAAGCUGUUGCGGUUUAUGUCUGUCUGAACCACCUGAAGAAGCUAUCUCAAAUGUGGUGGUCCAGUCUAAAUAGUAGGCUAUCCUACAAUUAGCUGCCGUGGUUUGUGUCUGAAUUACCGGAAAAAGAUAUCUCGAAUGUGGCGUUCAUUGGAGGUAGUAUUGUGCCAUAAACUAUCGUGGUUUGUGUCUGAACUACCAGAAACAUAUUCGAAUUAAACUCUGCCCGGCAAAGAAGGACAAUUGUUUGCUAAUUUCUUAUCAAUUUUCAUCCAAAUUUAAUCAAUAUGUCGUUGGGCAAUGUCCAUUAAUCUCACAAAUUUUCGAAUUAAUAUGUGUGUUAUUUUUUUUUAAGUUAUACUGACAAACCAUGGCAGCUUAUUUGUAGAAUAAUACCUGCAUUGCAUGGACCUUCAAGUAUAUAUAGAUGUAUGACAAAUUGCUUAUAUGUUUCAGAACCGUCGUUCUCCAUGUUGUUUCCACGUCAUAGUAUCAAGGACUAUGUGGAAGUAGAUGACCCUGAUUUGCCAGAGUUGAGCGCUUUCUCGAUCUGUGCCUGGGCGAAGUUUGUCAAGAAUGCAGACGGCACUAUAUUGUCUUAUGCUGUCCAGGGGGGGUCUAAGAAGGCCAAUGAGAUUGCUAUCUGGUGUUAUAGAACUAAAGUUAUCUUUUCUAUCACAAAUGUUUGGACAACGUAAGAUUGUGUGUGAACUAGCAUAAUACGAAAUUAAUCUCAAACGGUCUGUUCAGAACGUUCUCCUCCCCAGCCUCGUUUACACUUGAAAUUUUUGCUUCGAUUUUAGGUGCGAUUUUCUUCUGAUGAUGGAUGCGAACGAGUAGAUGAGUUAUAAAAGUUAAGAUGAGGGACACAUACUCAGAACAUUCAUUACUCAUCUACUCGUUCACAUGCACCAGAAUAGGGAAAUCGCAAGAUUUCAACUUUCUCAAGACCAGUUCUGAAGAUCAUUGGGAAUGUAGCAGAGCACCCUUUGUCCCCUGCUUACAUCACUGACCAACUAAUCUAUUUAGACCUAUAACCAAGAACAACUGCAAAGAAUGCAACUAUGUAGGCCCUCUGGCAUGCAGGAGUCGAACCUGCCACUCUUCGAUUCCGGUGCAGCGCUCUAACCAACUGAGCUACAGAGUUCAGUAGCUUAUACUGGCCCUCUAUAGAGGACAGUUUGGAACCCGUGCAGUUAUUCGAAUGAAGUUUUUGGAGUUCAGGUCACACUAGACUAACAUCAAGAGAUGGCCCUUUUUGGACCCCUGGGAAGAACUAUUCUAGUGUAAAACCUGUACAUCUAUUUGAAUAAACAUGUUUUGUGUUGAAAAUUAAUUUUAUUUUAUUUCAGAACGUAUAACAGUUUACUCAGUGAUGGUUUCUGGCAUUCAAUCUGUCUUACGUGGUCAAAUGUGGACGGCAACCUCGCAGUGUAUAAAGACAACGUAAUGACAGACCAAGCAUCUGGUGUGGUUACUGGAAAAAACAUCUCUGGAGGGGGGCGGUGGGUGCUGGGUCAAGACCAAGAUAGUGUCGGAGGUGGGUUUGCAAUCCAAGACGCUUUCCAGGGGGAGCUGGCUGAAGUGAAUGUGUGGGGGCGUGUUCUUACAAAACAAGAGAACAAGAGAUUGCCUGGUUUUCGACAGACUGUCAACGCCGUAUGA